AUGAGGCGACAAUCAGAACUUUUGAUUUCAUGUGGAGAGGUACUCAAAGUGAAGACUCGCACAGUGGUCCACACUAGACAGCGUGACGAAGAUGAAGAAAGUGUAGGAUCUUCAUAUCACAUUAUUGCGAAUGAGGAGCAAUACACUUCAUUUCUAAGGAAGGUCGACGAAAAUUUGGGAGAUGCCUCUUGGUGUGGCCAUAUUUCUUUUAAUGAUGCUGAUCCCCGAGAAGACGAAGAUGUUGAGGACGCUCCUCCAGAACUAGAAGAAGGAAUUAAAAUGACAGUUGAUUCAUUGAAAGAAGUCAACCGUGGCACUACAGAAGACUCCAGGUCCACCUAUAAUAUAGAGAUGUCUUUUCUUUGGAGCUACAAAGAGAUGCCUGGUUUAGAUCCUAAAGUAGCAGUUCAUCAUCUCGCGGUCCAGAAAGGAGCUCGUCCUGUUAAGCAAGCCCAAAGACGCUUCAGGCCAGAAUUGAUCCCAUCAAUCAAAGCCGAGGUCAAUAAACUCAUCGGAGCCGGUUUCAUUCGGGAGGUUAAAUAUCCUCCAUGGAUUUCAAGCAUUGUUCCUGUGAAGAAGAAGAAGAAUGGACAAAUUCGAGUUUGUGUCAAUUAUAGAGACCUCAAUAAUGUAUGCCCUAAAGACGAAUUUCUGCUCCCCAUCCCGGAGCUUAUGAUCGAUGCCACCACCGAAUUUGAGGCGAUGUCUUUCAUGGAUGGAUCAUCCGGCUACAAUCAAACACGUAUGGCACCGAAAGAUGAAGAGCUUACUGCAUUUUGA